UUGUGUCUGUCACCAUGACGACCAUCACGAUUGACCUCGAGAAAGACCCUGCGGUCACCAAUUUGAGAAACUACCUUCGAAUCCGCAGCGUGCAGCCUAAUAUUAAUUAUGAUGAAUGCAUCACCUACCUCCGCGGUCAGGCAGCGCAGCUGGGCCUUCCCGUCCAGGUGUUCGAGCCGGUGCCCAAGAAGCCCGUGCUUGUCAUGACCUGGCUGGGAACAGAACCCGCGCUGCCCAGCAUCCUGCUUAACUCGCAUAUGGACGUCGUGCCCGUGUUUGAGAAAAGCUGGACCCACCCUCCUUUCGCCGCGGAUCUAGUAGACGGCGUCAUCUACGCUCGAGGAGUCCAGGACAUGAAGUCGGUGGCGGUGCAGUACAUAGAAGCUGUACGGCGUCUCAAGGAGAAGGGCAUACGGCUGAAGAGAACCGUCCACUUGUCUUUUGUGCCAG